ACAAGAUGAGAUUUUCAGAGGAGAACAGAGAAGAUUGAGAAUGAACAGAGAAGAACAAAACCCUAGCAAAAAUGAAUUCAAUGAAAUGAGGAGGCUUAGUGGCUGACAGAAACCCUAGCAGAAAUGAAUUGGAUGAAAUGGGCCUAAUGUUGUAUUGGACUGUGGAUUGUUGGGUUUUUUUUAAAAAAAAUAAUUUUUUAUAACUAAAUCAGUACCGGUUCCGGGUACCCGGAUUGUCUGGAUCCGGGACCGGGUACCCGGAACUGGAAUUGGUUUAAACCGGGUACCCAGUGGGUACCGGGUCCGAAAUUUUAGGACCCGGUCCCGGAACGGUUACAACCGGGUCCGACAUUUUGGACCCGGUCCCGGAACCGGUGGGACCAGUUCCGGGUCCGGACCCGGCGGAUCCUAACCGGUUCCGGGUCCGGUACCGGGUACCCUGGGUCUUUGCUCACCCCUAGUCACAGAUUCUCACCUUCUCUUUUUGACAAUUCCAAAAAAAAAAAUUAACUACAAAAAAUAAAAAACAGUUGUAUUUUAUUAAAAAUAAAAGAAAAAUAUACCCUUCCUCUUCCACAGCUUUCUCUCUCUACCCUACCCCCGAAAAUCCCUCUCUUUCUCUCUCUAAUCUCGCCGGAAAAUUUCGACCAAUUUUUCCCGGAAUUUCCCGGCAAUUUUACCGGAGAUGGUGUCCCAUGAAAACCCUAAUUGGUUGUAUGAUUAUUCUUAUAUAGAUGAUAUUCAGAUCUCUGUUCCUGAUUGUAACUUUUCUGCCCCUAAUUCUGCCUUCAAUAAUUGUCAAUUGCAGCAAGCUUUGAAUGUUCCAUUUAAUGUCAGUGCCGACAUUGAUGGAACUUAUGGUGAUUCAGAUGCCCCCAAGGAGAACAACUCAAAAAAGAGGGGAAGAUCCGAAUCAUGUGCUCCAUCUAGCUCCAAAGCUUGCAGAGAGAAGGCACGCAGAGACCGACUUAAUGACAAGUUUAUGGAAUUAGGUGCAAUUUUGGAACCUGGUAGAACUCCCAAGACUGACAAGGCAGCCAUUUUGAGUGAUGCUGUUCGAAUGGUGACACAGUUAAGGAGUGAGGCACAAAAGUUGAAGGACUCGAAUUCGAAUUUACAGGAGAAGAUAAAGGAAUUGAAGACUGAGAAGGUUGAGCUCCGUGAUGAGAAGCAAAGGCUGAAGGCUGAGAAGGACAAGCUAGAGCAGCAAUUGAAGACCAUGAACACUCAGCCAGGAUAUCUCCCUGCCCCAACUGCUAUCCCUGCUUUUGCUCCACCAACUCAAGCUCCAGGAGGCAAGUUGGUGCCCUUCAUGGGAUACCCGGGAGUUGCUAUGUGGCAGUUCAUGCCUCCAGCUUCAGUCGAUACAUCUCAAGAUCAUGUGCUUCGCCCACCAGUGGCUUAAUUGGAUAUGUCAUUAGUCCUUUGUUCAGGAUUACUAUCAUCACCUCUUGAUUUUCUCCUCCCUCCCUUUUUUUUUUCUCUUCUUUUUAGGGUCCUUUGUCAAUUUGCCAUUUGACUGUGCACUACUUUUGUGCUGAAGUCUACUAACAAACUACAUUGGUGGAAUGUGGAAUGUGUAUGUUAACAGUGGAACUUCAAUGAAAAUGCCGCUUCUGGUGGUUGAAAAUGAAAUUGUAAAUGUCUGAUUAGUAUUGCUGCCCUGUUUUAGCCAUCUUGUAAAUCGGUUCUUCUGCCCCCUUGACUCCUAGUCUCAGGUUUACCUAGGUCUCAUUUGUUUGGAUGUAAGCGACUAUGAAAUUUUUAAGGCCUGUGGAAGGACGAGAAAUUGCAAUGUCUUGUUCACUUGCUUUCAUGGAAUAAGUUUUUCCUUUGGUACACAA